AUGGAUACCCUAGCUCAUAAUAUGUUUCUGAACUCAUAUCAGCUCUCCAUCCUAGCGCGCUUGUUACCGUUUUUUGAUAUAGGAUGUGUUGAAUCGACGUGGCCAGUAGUCGGCGGCUUUGCGAAGCUGUCUCCAGAAGAGAUCGCAGCGGCUAAGGCCAUCGGACUUCCCAUCGCCAAUGACGCGAUCAACAAAGGCGAGAUUAUCUGCAAUCAUUUAUGGAAAGCGCAGGGACCCGCCAGCGAUGGGCAGUUCUUCUGCGUAGGAUGGAUACGCAAGUCGGACUGCAAGUCCGAUAGGAAUCCCAAGGUCGACAAACUGGACUGCGGGUUUCAUUUCACCGCCGAGCAGGUCAAGAACAGGCAGGCCAUGUAUCCGAAUAUCGCCUGGGACAGGCACAGCACGUGGGGGCUGCACGGCAUGACGAAGCAGCAGAUCGACUCCCGCGCCAUGUACUACCGCGGCACAACGAACACGAACCCUGCUGCGGAUAUCAUCCGGUCUCUCCGCUCGGCCCCAAUCACGCUCGAGAACUACCCUUUCGACAAGAAGAUAACCGCCCCAGAUGCUUUGAUCAUGUGGGGGAUCGCAGAUGUAUUGCUGAGCAGUCGGACGGCGGGCCUGGCAGCAUCUGGGUCGCAGGUGCAGCACGGUCUUAGUGUGCCGCGGCCACUGCAGACACCUCCGCCGUCGCCCGAGAAGAAGCGGAGAGUGAACGACGCUGCGUCUGUCCGGCCUUCAACUCUCCGUGAUGAUCAGUAG